AAAAAAAACAUAAUUUAAGAAAGAAUAUUAGACUGAAAGGAAUUAUCAAAAAUAUAGUUCCAAAUCGAGGUUUUCCAAAUGAUCCAAGUCAAGAUAUAUUGGUAAAUCCUUUGAAUGAUCCAAUAGAAGUUGACACAUUAAGUAAUAAUAGUAAUCAAACAAUUAAACCUAUUCAACCUGUUGAAAACUAUUCAUUUCUUCCCAAGAAAUUAUCAAAAGGCGAGUCAAAAGAAAAACAAAAAGGCUUAUACUAUACCAGUAACAGAAAAAUUGAGCUAGAACUAUUGAAAACCAUUCAGUAUAAUUCCCUUCUUGACCAGUUUUUUUCAUAUACUCAGGAUUAUCAAUAUUUAUCAGCUUGUUUACCUUUAAUAAUGCCAAAAGAAACUACUGGUAGUCUUACAAUUCAAGAUGAACUCAAUGGAAUAGACUAUCGUGAAUUUAUCAAUGUUUAG